UUUACAAAUAUUGUCCUAUGCUUUUGUUUAUGUCAAUGAAGGACAUGGUACCAGCACUCUGCUUUUUGAGGGCCAGGUUGACCACCUCAUCCCCUGCACCUCCCAAGUGCUUGUACAGAGUGACUUGUUCAAGAUGGCUGGGAGGAUGAUUGGACACUCCUUUCUACAUGGUGGUCCUCCAUUGACAGGUAUAAACCCAGCAGUCCUGCAUGUGCUGCUCGGUGGCUCCCCUGAGACAGCAACCCUAGUGUUGGAAGAUGUGGCAGACAUUGACAUCCGGGAAACAAUUCAGCUGCUUUCUCUAGCUGAUUGCUCCAAGAAGGCAAAUGGUGAGAGAGGAGACAAUGAGCUGACGGAGCAUCAGAGGGGAGCUGUCAAUGAUUUGGCAUUAUCUUGGGACCUUCCUGUAUUGACAGAAACCAACCAAGCUUGGCUCCUACAAAGUCUCCUUCUGCAUGCGGUGCUCAGGCGAACAUCACAACAAAUUAAACAGUUGAAGAAGGGACUGCAAGAGUCAAUGUUGUGGCCACUGUUGGAAGCCAGACCAGAUGUGAUGGUUCUAAACAACAUCAUCUGGCCUGGAGAAGGGGAUAAUGAAGAUGACGAUGGAUGUCCUGUUGCCAUCAAAUGCAGAAUUGCUGGCAACUUGCGGCAAUUUGUGGAGACAGUGACUGAAGACAAGCGGAAGCAGUUGGUGAAAUUCUGGGUGGGCUGGGAGCUGCCAAUGCCGGACAUGCAAAUGGAGCCUGGCAAUGCAUGUCACCGGUAA